CCCGAGAUGGCAACACCGCGUCGCCCAGUCCGGUCUUCUCACAAACAAAGAUCACGAAUUAUUUUUCAAAGAUAAAGCGUCAAAACCCAGCUCUGAGGAACUCCUGGAGGGAUGACAGCUACUAGCACAUAGUGAGAGAUCAGUGAGGUGAGAAAGGGUCGUGGAAGCAGAACAAAAUGACUCUUUCGCCAAACUCCGUCAACAUGAACACUGUGUACAUGGACCACCUUGUACAGGUGGGCCAGGCUGGGGCCCACACAGGAUGGUAUGACUACAAUGCUUUUAACAAUUUGCUUGUUGCUCCAACUAUGCAAGCUCCUCAAAUAAACAUGCAGCAGCACCAUCACCAUCCUCAUCCGCAAGAGGUUGUGGCUGCACCACCCCGCCCAAAGCCUCCUGCAUCUCGGCCAAAACCACGGACAGCUUCCACAGAAAGAAGUUAUUUUUGUGAUGUUUGUGGUGCCUCCUUCUCCAAUUCUUCCAAUUUAAAAUCUCACUCAAGGAUCCAUUCGGGAGAGCGUCCAUACACCUGUGAAGAGUGUGGUGCAUCUUUUGUGCAAAGUUCUAAUUUGAAGGCGCACAGACGUAUUCACACUGGGGAGCGUCCAUAUACAUGCUCAGAGUGUGGGCAAACCUUUUCACGCUCGUCUCACUUAACAGGGCAUAAGAGAACUCAUACUGGGGAAAGACCAUAUAUAUGUGGUAUUUGUCAAGAUUCCUUUGUUACAAGCACCCACCUGAGAAAUCACAUGCGAAAGCAUACAGGUGAAAGACCCUUUCAGUGUCAAAUUUGUGAGGCAGCAUUUGCACAGAAUGCUUCCUUACAGAUCCAUUUGCGCAUUCAUACAGGUGAACGACCUUAUAAAUGUGCCGAUUGUACAGCAGCAUUCCGCUCUAAGGGAGAUUUAAGGAGUCAUAGAAAGCUUCAUACAGAUGAGAGACCUUUUGGUUGUGCAAGAUGUGGUAAAGUUUUUAAAACCAAUCAGUAUUUACAAAAACACUUAAAGAAAUGUGGAGCACCACCAACUGGCAAAAAGCGUGGAAGGCCACGCAAAUUAUUAUCUGCUGAUACAAUGAUGUCCUCAGUGCCCAAGAGAAGUGUAGGUAGAGCAGCAAGAGGUAGAGGCAGGGGAAAGGCGAAGCGGGGACGUCCAAGAGCAAGACCGACUCGCAUCACACGUCACACCAAGCUGGAUGAGCAAGGCCAGAUAAUGCAUGAUGGAGAUUUUGAGGAGGAAGAGUCGAACACCUUUGAAGAGAUUAUUGUGUCAGACAAAGUUGCAAAUGGUGAAAUUCUGAAUGAGCCAACAAGUUCAGAACAUUUGCAAGAACAUUCUUCUGACCCACAGGUUGAUCCUUUGGAACAGCAAGUGCAGCAAGUUCUUCCUGAGCUUAAAGGUUCAUCAGACCAGUUUGAGGAAAUAGCAACUAAUGGAAUGGAACAGGUUACCGACGUUAGCCAUUCCCUUCACAUUGCCCAUGUUGGACACAUUGACCAUAUGCCAAUUGAAGCCAUGGAGAGAGUUGUCCAGGCUACACAUUAUCUACAGCACAACAUUGCCACAUCGGCGGAAUUCACACUUUUAAAAAUUACACUACACAUAAACUUACUCCCGAGUUUUCCAUCGACGCGACCUAAAACUACACCCAAUUCUCAUUCCAAAGACCAAAGCACAGGGCAAAAUCAACCCGCCGAUAAAGCAAAGACAAAAAUAACGCCUCGUGAAUGCUCUCUUAACACUUGCAUUCCAGUGUUGCCGCACCACGCCAAGGACGAGCAUUUUCGCAGCAGACGGGGAAAUAAAACCAAGGAAGACUUUGCCAAGGACAGACACAAUGCUAAGGUGAUGUCUGAACCUACUAUAACAGCAUCCACACUGAAGAACAAGCCUUCAGAACUCCUCAAGGACGUGUCAAUAAGGACCAUCCAGUAUCGCCGUCUGAAAAACCUCUGUUUACUUACUCGGCGUAUAACUGCGCGUCAUGAAAAACAAGUGCAAGAGGCCAGACCUAGCAACAUCAAAGAUCUGCUGGAGACACUGAAGAAGCUAGUGGUUCACAUGGAUGUCUCCUAUUUUAGAUUUAUAGCACCCUCUGGUCCGGAGCGUUCCAAACUACAGAGAAGAUUAGUGAGGAGAGAGGCAGUCAUGGACCAGCUAGGUGGGCAGCCUUUGCCCCAGGCUACUGUUCAACCAGCUGUAUGGUAUAACUACAGUACCACCUACAAUGACUUCCUUGUCAAUCACCCAGUCCAGGUGCAAGUUGCUGUGCCCACUGUCCAGAUGGUUGCAGCUCCAUCUCAAACUCCUACUCCUGUUCCUACCGAAGUUGAUUCCUUAGACAUAGCUGUUAACAUGGUUCCACCCAAAUCAAAAAAGUCAAAGAAACCACAGCCAGAUAACCAAGAGAGAAACUUCCAUUGUCAGGAGUGUGGUUCUUCCUUUACCAACAGUUCAAAUCUCCGUAGCCAUAUGCGAAUACACUCUGGUGUGAGACCAUACGUUUGUGAGGAGUGUGGUAAAUCUUUCAUUCAGAGUUCUAAUUUAAAGGCACACAAAAGAGUGCAUACUGGGGAAAGACCUUACCAGUGCUCUGAGUGUGGGCAGACAUUUUCUCGUUCUUCGCAUUUGGUCGGACAUAAAAGAACUCACACAGGAGAGAGGCCAUAUAUUUGUGGUAUUUGUUCUGAGGCAUUUUUCACAUCAUCGCAUCUGAGAAAUCACGUUCGGCGUCACACAGGUGAGAAACCAUAUGUAUGCCAAUAUUGUGGGGAGUCUUUUGGGCAGAGUGUUGAAUUAAGGGUACAUCAUCGUUAUCAUACAGGUGAAAAACCCUUCAAAUGUCGGGAAUGUGACACAGCACUUAUUUCAGCAAGAGAACUUAAAGCCCAUAGAAAGGUACAUCACCUAGGAUCGAAGCCUUUCAAAUGUGAGCAGUGUGACAAAUGUUUUAGGACUCUCACCUUCUUGACGAAGCACAAAGUGCGCUGUAAGGGUCCUAGGCCCAAGCGGCCUAAGGGAAGACCCCGCAAAUAUCCAAGAGCUGAUGGAGAGGAGCCUCCAUGGAAGAAGCCAAAGAAAAGGAAGAACAAGAGACCAGCUGCACCAACUGACCGAGUAUCACGAUCCAGGAGCAAAGCUAUUAUUGAUGCCCAGUUGAAGCAAGAAACUGAUGAUGCCCCUGAAGCUGAAGCAGAAAAGCAGCAAAAUAGUGAUCAGACAGAUAAGGAAGAUGAUACCAUACAGCCUGAGAGAGAACAAAGUGAUGAGCAGACUAUCCAGUUAGAAGGAGCAGGGCUAAAGACUGAGGUGGAACUAGAGCACAUAACUCAACUCCCAAUGGUGCAGGUAAUGCUUGAUAAUCUUGGAUCUGAGGCUGAGGGUUUGGAUGGUACACAUCCUCAAGCACUAGUUCUUCAGUCAUCAACAGGCACUGUCCAUAGUCUCCAUGCCUUAUCAGAACAUACAGAACAACAAAUAGGAGUAAUGGACUUAUCAGGUCAACAGAUCCAUCAGGAUGAUCAGCAUCAAGUAGAAAGUGUCCAGCAAGCCAUCAGUAUAAUUCCUGCUCAUCAGUCAUUACCUGUAGUAUCUUCAGGACAUCAGCAACAGUUGGCAGUAAUCACUGCUCAUCAACAAUUACCUGUUGUGACUGCACAUCAGCCAACUCUGAGUGCCCAUCAGCAGUUAGCAACAGUAAAUGCUCAUCAACAAGUCUUGAGUGCUCAUCAGCAGUUACCUGUUAUAAGUGCACACCAACAGGUACCUGUUACAAAUGGUCGUCAGCAGGCAGCAAACAGUCACCUUCAGUUGCCAGUUGUUAGUGCUCAUCAGCAGACAAGUACCACACACCAACAAAUGCCUGUAGUAACUGCUCAUCAACAAGUUGUUAAUGCACAUCAACAGAUGCCUGCAGUAACUGCACAUCAGCAAGUAGCAAGUGCUCAUCAGCAGGUGGUUACUGCUCACCAGCCAGUCUCUGUGCUUGCAGCUCAUCAACAUGUGUCAGCACACCAACAGGGUCUGGUAGUCACUGCACACCAACAAGUGCCUGUUGUAUCUGCACAUAAGCAGAGCAGUCUUGGGUCUAGUGGUAGUUCCACUGUAGUUUAUGAAGCAGGACAGCCUUAUGUGGUGGACCUCUCCAGUCCAGCACUCACUUCACAGGUUCCCCUUGUCAACCAAAGUGUUACAACUACCCAGUAUGCCAGACCUUAGUGUAACACAGGUCCUGACCUCGCCUUGUCCUGUCUUGUCUUUUAUAAGUCCUUUUUAGACAACGAUACUUUAUGCUCGUCUCCAAAUAUGUGCCACAUCUAGAGAGCCACAAGCUUGCCAGACAUGCUGUGGACUUUAUCUGGAAUGUAUAAAAGUAUCAAGUAGCCUGUGCAGUCCAAACUUUAAGCUGGAAAUGGUUGUAACUGAAACUCAAAAUGUACAGGUUUGUCAUAGUAGUUAAAAAAAUAAUCUUUUACAUGUGUUCUUGCAUUUGUGAAUGUAUAUGACAGCUUACAUACAUCUCCUCUAGGCUUAUUGUAGUGUUUCUUGACACUUAUUUGUGAUGACCAAUGUAGUUUCUAUGCAUUGCUAUUAUAUUGUUACUAUUUGAAAGUAUAAGACUUGAAGAUUUUUAACUUUGCAAGCUUAUGAAUACACAAUUUGAUAUGUGAUUGCAGUUAGUGCCGUAAGUAGGAGGAGCUAAGGCUCUUAAAUUAGAUAUUAUGUAAUAUUAAGAUCCUGAAUGAGAAGUUCCCAAUGUGUUUACUGUGUACGGUUUGUAAAGUGAAGAAGAGGCAUUGUUAAUUUUUAUGGUAAUUCUUAAAGUUUUUAUUCCCUGACUUAAAGUGCGUAAGAAAGAGUAAUGAAAGAUUUUCUUACGGACAUGUUCAAAGGUAAAUGCAGUGCUAUUAAAGCUUUUUUUUUUUUUUUCUUAUUUCGUUUUUUUUUUUUUUUGACUGACUGACCUAUAGUGUCUUAGCAGUGUUGGCAUUAUUUAAUGGAAUAGUUUGUGCAGGUUAUUAAGUACUGACUAGUUACUUCCUGUUUCAAGGAUAGAGCAAGUACCUAAUGAUAUUGGUUAUGAAAUAACCAGGAAAUGUAUAAUUGUCUGUGUGAAGCAGAAUGAGAAUAUUUGUAUUUGUGCAUGAAAUUAUACAUCAUAUUUAGAAACUUGAAAGUUGCAACUUCUUUUCUAUUCAGUUUAGUGUAAUUUAAAAUUGUGUGAGAAAGAUUGGCAUUCAGUCCAUGUUUUAUAUAACGAUGGAAAUAUUUCUGCCAUUUGUGAUACUUCUUUCAUGAAAUAAAAACAUAAUGCAAAUAAUCUAAUAAUCAAUACAUUGUGUAAAAGUACUUUAAAAUAAUUUCAUGUUUUUUCAAGGUUAAUAUAGAAAUUUAAUUGGAGGAAGAAACUCAUGUUUCAAAAUAAAUCCAUUAAUACAGUAUUCAUGUUAUCAUAGCUAUGGAUAUGUUUGCACAAACACAUUGAGAUCAAUGAAAUUAUGUAUGCACACUAAAGUAUAAUUAAGCCAUGCAGUUAGAGUACUUGUACAGUAUUGAAGUUUAUCCUGAAAAAAGUCAAAGUAUUUGUGGUUAAAUAGCAUCACAAAGCAGAUGAUGCUAUGUACAUUUUUUUUAAACGGUUUUGCCCGGAAGAUUUGAGAAACUAGUUACAGAAUCUUGAAAAGUGGCCCCUGGUAGUCUUCCAAUGUUUUUGUUUGUUAAAGAACACUUUCCUUUAAGAGUUUCCUUUACCGAGAAUUUUAUCUCCUGAUGAAGGUCAUGUGGUUGCAGCUACAGAAAGGUCUAUCUUAUUUGUGUUGCUUGCAAGAUCUUUCUGUAACUUUAUUCUGAUUUCUCGUCUGUUUUGUACUCUGCCAUAGGUCUCGUUCUGUGAUUUUUUUCACUCAGUUCGUAAGCAUUUCAAAAAGUGUUGGUUUACCGGAAAAUGUAACUAGUCCUUGUCAAAACAGAAAAGACAUUGCAGUAUAUAUCUGCUGUUAAGAUAGUUAAGUUCAUUUACAGUCUUUUGUGAUGUACAUAUGUUACAUAAAUUUUCAUAUAAGAAUUGACAAAGAUUGAGGAAUAGCUUACUUUAAUUGCUGUUCCUGUUUGCAUAAAAAGAGAACAGGUGGAUACAGUUCAGAGUAAAUGAGUAAUGUGUUUAUUUAAUUUAGUUGUUUAUACCAUAAAGAUCUGUUUGAAAUUAGCACUGUUUUAAUAGAAUUAAUUUAAAUAGUUGUAGAAUCUCUGCAUCAGUAUAUUGAUUUUAUUUUUUUUUAAUUAUUAAUUUUGUACAGUUAUUUUAGCAACUUGUAAUUUGCAUUUUUUAGUUACACUGUAGGAGUAAAGUAUGGAAAUUUAUUAUAUUAGUAAUGUAAAGCCAGUAAAAAAAAAAAAAAUUUAAGUGGAAUAUUCAUUACCAUUUUUUUUUUUUUUUUUUUUUCCAUCAUUUGUAGAAGAUAUAGGAAUAGGUGUCAUCAUUUAUGUAAAAAAAAAAUGCUAUAAGAAAGUGUGAAGCCACAUUGAAUAUCAAUCUCAGUAGCUGAUAUUCUAUUGUGAACUUUUUUUUUUCUUUUUUUAUUCUUUUUUUUUUGUAAAUAUUAUAUUUGUAUCUCCAGAUUUGAUAAAUGUUAAGUCUUUUUUUUUAUUCUGAGGACUGUUGGAGAGGGUAUUUUUCUUGGUAGAACCCUCACAUUACUGAAAUUUGUUAAAUUAGCAAUACAUCUGAUACUUAGAAACAUUCUCUAUGAUUGUAGUUAGAUUUCUAUUUUUUUUUUCCCUUUUUGCAUUUAUUUUUACUGAAAUUCUUCCAAUUUAUCUGCUUUGUAUGAUAGGCAAAGAAACUAGUUUGGAGCUGAAAAGUGGAAAAUGGACAAGACACUUUGUGUAUUUCACACAAUGAUUGAAUCUUUGAGAAAGAAGAUACUUGUGUCUUGAUCUUCUUUAUUUUUUUACCCUUAAAUGGAAAUCUGUUUUAAGAGAUUUUACAUCAUGGUUGCCAUAAUUUGUUACACUAUGCAAAGAUAAAAAAGAAUCCUGCAUAUUGUGGAAUAAAAGUUAACUACUAUUG